AGAGCGGGGAGUAGUAAAACUUGAUUUUCUGGUCACGAGUGGGGGGGUGGAGGGAGGGAGGCUACGUGAGUGCGCCGCAACAGAGCUCGACAACAGAGCUCGAUCGAUCACGAUUGUUAGCAAGCAGCACAAACAAGUUUGUUUGUUUGAUCUUCUUCACCCCCCCGCCUUCGACCAACGUACACUGCAAUCUACCACUAUAGCCACAACACAUACUAACAUCAACAUCAACUCCCCCGCUUCCUCGCAGCCCGAAUUCCCCAGACUUUAUCCAACGGAGCAUGUCGCUGCGGUGGUGCUGUUCAAGCUCCUCUGCUUGUUUCGACCUCUGAGUCGAUUCACUGUGAGAAAAUAAUACCGAUGUGGUGGUGGUGCCCGAUUCUGUUCACAUGCUGCGUCUCUCUGACCUCCUGUGCUGUCCGGACCUCUCUCAUCGCUCGCUAAUUGCGUUUGCGUCGUCUUGUUUACCCUGCUGUUCGCAAUACGAUCUUUCAUUUGUGCGAGGAUCCCUGGAUCUGGAUGAUUGUGAGGAAGGCGUUUGAUACUCUUCUGAUGGCUAUCGGAGUCAUUUUUAGGGUUAGAGGGUUUUGGAGUCUCAUACCGUGAGUUCACGUGAAGGAUCUCGGAGUUGAUGUGUUACAAACCACUGAUGUGAUGUUGUAGAAUGAGUGCCUCUGUUGGCAGUGCUUCCCGCUUCGGUGUUUAGGACCUAAUCGUCUCACGGGGCCCUUCUGCACGGGUGUGUAUCGAUGGAAAACAUUCCUGUGCCGGAAAACGAUCGUAUGGAGUCGAAAUCUUAUCCCGAGAGCGAGAGGAAGGGGCACAAAAGGAAACUGGCAGACGCAUAUGUCCGGUUUCCUGCCGUGGAUGAGCCUAACAACGCGUUUGCAACCAGUGUUAGGGAUCAAGUGGAGAUUCUGAGGACUUGCGUUUCUUGGAAAGAGAAUGACCGUAUUGCGGCGAGGCGCGCUGCUCAUAGCCUAGCGGAGCUUGCCAAACAUGAAGAGCACGUGGACACUAUUGUAGAGGAAGGAGCUGUGGAUGCGCUUGUUGCUCAUCUCUGUGCGCCUAGUCUUAGAGAAAGCGAAGGUCCUAUUGCCUGUGAACAUGAAGUUGAGAAGGAUGCAGCAUUUGCAUUGGGAUUGCUUGCUGUCAAGCCAGAAUAUCAUCGGCGAAUUGCUGAUGCCGGCGCUCUUCCGUUGCUGGUGGCUUUGUUAUCGCGUCGAGGUGGCACCAGCAAUGCACGGGUUGCGAAUGGCGUCGUCCGACGCGCUGCAGAUGCCAUAACGAAUCUUGCACAUGAAAAUGCACUUAUUAAGACUCGUGUUAGAACGGAAGGGGGAAUUCCUCCGUUAGUUCAACUUUUAGAAUCUACUGAUGCCAAAGUUCAACGAGCCGCAGCUGGUGCGUUGCGGACGCUGGCCUUCAAAAACGAGGCCAACAAGAAUCAGAUUGUGGAGGGAAAUGCGCUUCCUAAUCUUAUUUUAAUGUUGCGCUCAGAAGACGUUGGAAUUCAUUAUGAGGCUGUUGGUGUCAUCGGCAAUCUUGUCCACUCUUCCAUUAACAUCAAAAAAGAAGUUCUUGCAGCAGGAGCUCUUCAGCCUGUUAUCGGCCUCUUAAGUUCGAGGUGCCAGGAAAGUCAGAGGGAGGCAGCUCUUCUGUUAGGACAAUUUGCAACAACUGACCCCGAUUGUAAGGUUCACAUCGUUCAACGGGGUGCAGUGCGGCCGCUGAUAAGAAUGCUUGAAGCUACUGAUACUCAGCUUCGAGAGAUGGCGGCUUUCGCAUUGGGCCGGCUAGCUCAGUCUUCGCAGAACACUCAUAAUCAAGCAGGAAUUGUACAUGAUGGUGGGUUGAAGCCGUUGCUUGAGCUUCUGGACUCCAAAAAUGGUUCUUUACAGCACAACGCAGCUUUUGCAUUGUAUGGCUUGGCCGAAAACGAGGAUAAUGUCUCAGAUAUAGUUAGCGAAGGUGGUGUGCAGAGAUUGUACGACGGCUAUUUUAUUGUGCAGGCAUCGAAAGAUUGUGUGCAGAAAACUCUGAAAAGGCUGGAAGAGAAGAUUCAUGGGCGGGUUUUGAAGCACCUGCUCUAUCUUCUGCGCACAGCUGAUAAGGUCGUUCAAAGGAGGGUUGCUAUUACCCUUGCUCAUUUCUGCUGCCCAGAUGAUCAGCGUCUUAUCUUUAUUGAGAACAACGGCAUGGAUGUGCUGUUAGAGAUGCUGAAUGUUUUCUCCAACCCCAAAUUGCAACGGGAUGGUGCUCUUGCCCUGUGUAUAUUAGCUAGAAAAGCAAAUGCACUGUCACCUAUUGAUGCUGCCCCUCUACCUCCCACACCCCAGGUUUAUCUUGGUGAGCAAUAUGUGAACAGCAGCACACUUUCCGACGUAACGUUUCUUGUAGAAGGCAGACGCUUCUAUGCCCAUCGGAUAGCGUUAUUAGCGUCCUCUGAUGCAUUCCGUGCUAUGUUCGACGGUGGUUACCGGGAAAAGGAAGCAUUGGAUAUUGAGAUUCCGAACAUUAGUUGGAAAGUGUUUGAGCUGAUGAUGAGAUUUAUCUACACAGGGAAUGUGGAUAUGGCAACUGAUAAUGCGCAAGACUUAUUGAGGGCUGCUGAUCAGUAUCUGUUAGAAGGAUUGAAGCGGCUAUGUGAGUACUCCAUGGCUCAGAACUUGACACUUGAGACUUUGAUGAAUGUGUAUGACUUGGCUGAGGCAUACCAUGCUCUAUCACUAAGAGAUACUUGUGUUCUGUUCAUUUUGAAACAUCAUGAACAAAUGUGCAGCAUAACAGGGUAUCCCGCUCUGCUUCAUCGCAUUACUCCAGAGAUACGAGAAUACCUGCGUCGAAUUCUGCGACCUCAACCUGCGGCGCUGCAGUGACCGCAAAUGUGUAUUAAUACCGGUUCAGUUACUCCAUCUUCUAGGAUGCUAUGACAAUGUUCUAGAGCUUGAGACCUGGGCUUGUCUUCCUUUUUUUCGGGAACACACGGCGAGCGAUCGCUACAACUUGACCCUGCCAGACCAGAGUAAUUGAUCUGGUUCUUGUCGUGAGAUUUCUUCACUGUGGUUCUCCAGUUUCUGCCGGAACAAGGGUUGUUGUACUCCAAUAGAGUCAAGCUUGAUAAGCAUAUGUUUGCAGCAUUUGAAGCUGCUACUGCGUGUCGUACACACUUGCCGACUUGGGAAUAUUGCUCGGAGGUUUGGUUGCCUUCUUUGUGGAAUAUUUAUUUAAUAUAAAGAUCAUUUCAUUUAGUACUUAGUGGCACGAAGACUCUGAGUGAACGACUUGGAAACUGCGAACUGUCUGACAUAUUAAGUUGUAGAUAGAAUUUUCUGUGCUGGUUGCACGAAAGCGAUUUGGUGGAAUCUGCUUCGUAAACAAUGUGGACGUUUUCUCUUUGACCGGAACUUGAAUCUGUCAGUGGAAUUGUCACUUCGGGAUAUUUCUAUGAACUCGGAUGUGCAAUGUACUCUGGUCUUAUUUUCAUGAAUUGAGUAUAUCAUCCACCUUUUUAA